AUGUCCGAUCCCAGUCAGCUGAACCCGGCUUUCCUGGGACCCCUGGUGAACAUCCACACCGGCGACGCUUUCUACCCACCGAAUUUCCGGGUACCGGCUGGUCAGCCGGCCAGCCUCCCGUCCGUGCCUUACCGGCAGCGGGACGGUGCCUGCCCCCUCCCAUGGGCAAGUGGGGGCAGCCACGGGUGCCCUCAGACCUACCCGGGACGGGCCCCGGUUACAGUCGGCGGGCCCCCGGGGACGGAGGCUGCGGCCACCGGCGCCAGGCGUUACGACCCACGGGAGCUGCCCCCUGCAUCGCCAGCGCUGCCAACACGAGCCGCGGCACCGGGAAGACGGGUCCCCGGGCCGGCUGAAACCGGAGGGCCAGGAGUGGACCCGCGGCCCCCUUCAGAAACACGCCCCCACCCCCCCACCCCCCCGCCCUACCGCCCACACCCAGGCUCUGAGCCGGGAGCCUCCGCCGGUGGACUCCGACUCCGUCUCUGCGCCCGGUGCCCACUGCGGCGGGGGCGGGUUACCCGCGGGAGCAACAAACACCAGCCGCUAGACCAGGGCCCCUGGUACUCCCCGCACUUGCGGACACGGAAGAAGCGAAAGCCUUACAGCAUGGGGCAGAUUGCGGAGCUGGAAGGGGAGUUCAUGGUGAAUGGGUUUGUCAACCGGCAGCGCCGAAGGGAACUUUCUGACUGGCUCACCCUCACGGACCAGCAAGUCAAAAUCUGGCUUCAGAACCGGCGGAUGAAAAAGAAACGUCUCUACCUGCGGGAGCAGGCUUUCAAUUUCUUCUGA